GAUGGCUCCGUGCAUCGGGUCUCCUAUCAGCUGGAGUGCGAACGCUCCUGGCCGACAGAUGCGACUGACUCGCACUCCAAAAACAAGUCGAGUUUCGAACCCCCACUGAAGAAACCGCAUACCAGCCCCAGUGAUGAUCCCGCGGCUGUAAUGCGGGGAAGGCCUGGCCCUCACCCAGGCCGCCGUGGAGCACAUGCAGCAGGCACGCCGCGCCGCAUCGCGGCCGGCGCCCGGCCGCAGCCAGCCACUGGUGCAGCCCUCACGUCGCGCCGCACGCCGACUGGUGUCUGCCCCAUCAGCUAGCGCGCCGCCCAGCGGCAGCCGCUCGCGUUCCACUAACCAGUCCAGCGGCACCGUCACCGUGCCGCUGCCGGUGGCCAGUGCUCCGCACCGGGCCUCCGCACCCGAUGCUAGCCUGCCUCGACGGAUCAGCACCGGUGCUGUUCCGGAGGAGCUCAUUGCGCAGGUGCAGCAAGUUCUGCAAGGAAAAUCAAGAGGCGCGGUUAUCCGUGAGCUUAUGCGAACGAAUUUGGAUGUGAAUACUGCGGCAAAUAACUUACUGAGCCGUGAUGACGAUGAAAUGAGUGAAUCCGAGGACCUCGCCGGUGAAGCCUAUGCUGAUGAGAUGUUGAUUAACUGGAUGGAAGACGCCGCCGAUUCUCCCGACGCAUAUCUCGCCCGAUCAUCUCGUCUGGGUGCCGGCCUGACCAGUAUUUAUGGAUCGGAAAGGUCGGACAAGUUGGGACACCAAUCCAGUGUUGUAGCGAUGAUUGGCAGCAAGUUAGAAACGCUGCGUUUUGCUUCACCGGAAAUUGGGGAGAUCAAGUUUGUCUCCAUUGGUGUAUUGCUUUCGGAAUUGUUGUGCAUAUGCGACAAUGGCCAGUUGUACCAGUGGCGCUGGGAUCAAGAGUUUCCCUAUUGCGAGAAUUCUUCGUCCGCGGGAAUUUUCCAUCCCAAAGCCGCUGUAUUGGGUUUAACAACGGAGAAGGUGCGCAUUAUGGCCGCUUGUGGAAUUCGAGCAUCGUUUUUGACGAAUAGUGGAAAGCUUGCAACGUUAAUUGACGAGUCCGGAGGAAUUGUGGCUAAGAAGCUGGAGCACCCUGCAACGGCAUUCACAGAACUGCAGAACGAGAAAAUUGCCGAUUUAGUUGUGUGCAUGUUGUAUUCGUGUGCUCGAGUCGAAUCUGGUUCGCUAUAUUGGUGGGGAGUUAUGCCACUUGGAUACAGACAUCGCGCAUUGGAAAAGGCUCGAAGUAAAACGAAGAAAACCAAGACUGUACCUGCUUCCGAUAUACAGGCUGGAUCAACGGUUGUGUAUAAAAGCAAUGCGCUGUACCAGCCUGGUGCCAUCGGAUUUCGGAUUAAUUCCUAUGGGGAAUUACAGUGUGGAGAACUAAUGGAUAAUAUGUGGGAUUUGUCCAGUGUGAUGCGCUUUAAACUUCUCGAUGCCAAGUCUGGCAAACCCAUGUUAUCGGACGGUGCUUCUGGAAAAGCUACUUCGGAGUUCGUUGGCUCGGAGCUGCCGUCAAAUGAAUUAGCGCUGAUGGGCAAACGAACAGCUGACACAGCCAUGACGGACGAUGAAGUUUAUGUCACGGAAUCGUGGAACACCCGUGAUGUCGUUAUUCUGGAGGAGGGCGGACGAACAUCGAUGGUGGGAAAAGUGUCUCGGGUGACCGAUGACCACGCUUAUGUCAUCUUCAACCCGUCAGAGAUCGAUAUGGAAACUUCCGACGCUGAUAAGUCUCCUUUAUUGAAGAAGUCCGAUUUGCAGUUGUUCAAGGGACACUCAUCCGUAUCGACUACCAGAUCGGUAGACUGCAUCCAACGUGUGCCAAAGAAAUUGCGUAUCAGCGGCGGCUGCAAGAAGGUGCUGGCGUGCGCCCCCAAUCUGCGCAACAUACAGAUGGUUAUAUUGGGCAUGUCCGGCAAAUUGUCCUUCAUCACGUAUAAUCUGCAGAGUGGGAAGAAGGACGUGCAGAGCCGUUUCCUCUGUGAUGCCAAGUAUAUUCUGGGAAAUCAGGAGCGCGAUUUGAAGCUGGUAACUGGAGGGCGGGAUGCGGUAACGGUUAUGUUGGAUGGAAACAGUUGUAUUUAUCCCAUCGAAAAGGACUGCGUAGGAUCUUUGCGUAUUCCCCAUGCGCUGAAUUGUUCUCCCGUCCAAUCCCUAAAUGUGUUUAUGCGCUAUUUGGCCAUUCCGGGGCGGGCCAGCAGUAAAAUUCCCUGCGGGGUUGUGGCAUUUGUGGUGCGAAAGGACAGCCUGAUUCAAUGCAUCCUGGAGAACUCAGUGGAGAAAGUCCACGCGACGCUCCAAAUGGCACCGGAUAGGUUGCAUCGUAUGAUCCUGGAGUGUUCGGAUGGCAAUCGUAACAUAUUUCAUUCGGCGGCGGCAGUUUGUGCUCCGCAGCCGCGCAAAGAUUUUCCUAGAAGUUUGUCGUCAGCGCGACUGGAAACCGAUUCUUUGCCAAAGCGUGAGGAUGAACUCCUAGAUUUAGUGCCAUUACCGGAUUUUCCGGAUCAUCCUGGCUCAUCAUCAUCGUCGGAAUACAUUCAUCAUUUGUUCUCGCGGAAAUCUGGAACUGCCAGCGGACUGCAGCGUCGCAUUCGGGAGUCCGCUUUGGCGCGCUUUCACCAUUUGGAGCGGACGGUUAAUGACGAAACAGUUCACCAGUUGUGCAGAAGCACUAAAGCCUUGAGUACGCCAUCAGGGAUACCGGAAGGUGACGGAGAUGGCAACGGUCAUUCACGUACACGCACGGAACGCAGCCGAACCAUUCUGGAACUGCUCUGUAACCAUACCGAAAUUCGCAAAUUAUUUUUGGAAUUAAUGUCGAUGAAAAACUCCUCGGGAAUGACACCGUUUAUGUACGCGGUGCUUAUCCGCUCGUACGAAGCCGCGCUAAUGAUGCUGAGCACCACUACCAGUGUUAUACGCGAUUCCUACCCGGAAUUCGGCCUGAAUCCCGUUGAUUCGAAGACAGUGGAUGCGCUGGUGAUGGAUUUCUUGUAUCCUCCUGGUUCACCGGCCGAUGAUUCGCCGCUAUUUGUUCUGUGCCUGAACGAUGUUUGUACUUUUACUUGGACCGGUGCCUGUCACAUACAGCAGGACGUGUGGGAGUGUCGAACGUGCGGCCUCACGGGAUCACUGUGCUGCUGUACCGAAUGCGCCCGUACUUGCCAUCGCGGCCAUGAAUGUCGGAUUAAACGGUCUUCUCCUACGGCCUAUUGUGACUGUUGGGAGAAAUGCAAAUGUCAGAGUCUGGUAUCGGGAGAUGAGAGUUUACGGUUGGAGCUGUUUUCCAAGCUGAUUAAUAUGUCGACUGACCUGGUUGUGCGCCCCAGCAGCCGGAAUGAAUAUCUUAUCCAAUACCUCGUACACACUGUUGGGAGACAACUUGGAGAGCAGCGAUUUCUAAAGAGUAACCGUGGCACACGACAUGCAGACUUGCUUAGUCCGCCGAAAUUCUGCCAAAUGGCUUUGACGCUUUUGCUUGGGAGUUAUGAAGCUCUGAAGACAGCUUUGCUGACAGGAUAUCCAAAUCCCAGAUUGGCUGCCUUCUCCUCGGCGGUACAAGAAGAUCAGUUCCAUUUGUCGUAUCAAAGUGGCACAGCGUCGUUGGAUAAAUUCGUGCACGUUCUGCUAACCAAAUGCAAUUCCGAUCAUAUUGACGCCUUUAUUCGCACCAUCCAGGCUGCCGUGGGGGAUUUCGGUGACGGCAAUGAUACCAGCAUGGAAGCGCAGGAGAUGACGAACCGUUUUGUACGCUCUAUUGUGCGAGUGUUUGUCAUUCUGACAUCGGAAACCGCUCAAAACAGCAAAGCCAAAGAACAAACGCUCCCAAAAUCUUUGCGAAAAAUCCGAAAGAUUUUUCGUCAGUUGCCGUUGCUAUCUAUUGUGGAGUUGUGCGAAGCCGCGGAAGCACUGAUUACGCCGGUACGACUAGGCGUAGCGCGCCCCUCUUCGAGUUUUAUUCCCAUCAAUGCGUAUUCGGAAAAUUCGCGUGGGAGUGAUGAGUUGUUCAAUACGGAGCCGCUGGCGGAACGACGUCGUGGCCGAAAUCGACGGGAAAUACACACAUCGAAUACAGCGCCACAGGAAGAACCGGUGCCGUUUGACGAUGACUUUCAGUUAAUCUAUCGACCGGAGGCCGCACGCAGUAGGAGUACCCUUCGUACUCCGCAUGUAAUUAGCACGGCCAACCGCACACCGCCCAGUUCUCAGUCCGGUGAAGCGGAGGAGCCUCAUUCCGCAUUCUCCGUCGCCACUAUUCCACUGGCAGAAGCGGAAGUGGCCAAUGCCAGUGAUAUGGAUAUCGAUGAUGAUGGAGACUCCGACAAUACGGAUUCCGAUAACGGCGAAGGCAACGAUUUCGAGCGAACUGUGGUGGUCGAGCAAGGUGGCAGUCAGCCAGCUGAAGCUAAUCCAGCCCAAGACCCAUUUUCCGAUGAUAACGAUGAUGAUGACAAUGAUGAUUCGGAUCCGUCCACGGGAACACAUGAGGAAGAUGACGAUGAUGAGGAAGAAGAUGAAGGCGAAAGUGAUGGUGUCGACAUGGACGAUAGCGGUUCCAUGGAGGGUGAUGAUGAGAACUUGUAUCCGUUCUUCAUGGAAGCAAACACUCGUGGUGGCGGUAAUGCGGUGUAUGUGCGAGCGGCACCUUCCAUAUCCAUGACGCAUUCGUCACGUCUGAGCGGCAACGCAGCUUUACCACCCGGAUUGCAGUGGGCAUCGUCACCUACAACCGGCAGUCGACCGUCGGCGCGUACCCGCGAGUUCUUUCCCAGUUCCGGUGCCACUUUAAGGAGUUCGUACAUUUAUAUGGACUCCUUUGGGAUGUACCGGCGUUCACCGGCGACCCUUGACGGCACGUCGCCUUCGUUCAGCUCGACGUUUUCGAAUCUAGCGCGCUCUUAUGGGACUAUUGUCCGUGAGGUGGCGGAGUUGUUGGUGGAAAUGCGAGAGCCCAGUGUGCGACAGGAACAUAUUUCCAUGGAUAGCAGCAAGCUGGAACGUUUGGAAAUAUUUGUCAGCGAAAGCUUGAAGCGGACAUGGAACUGGCUAUGUCAAAUUAUGGAUUCCACGGAAGCACAACUGCGAUUUGGUUAUGCCCUGCAUCAGUCCAGCGACACGGCUCCUGCACAAACCCCACGCAGUCAGUCAUCGCGCGAUCACGAAGAUCCCCGAAGUAGCGUACAUCCGAGCUACAGUCUGCCAACGACAGUUCGCAAAUCAUCUCGUGAAGUGUCAGCGACUGCCUCGUCGCGGAAUGAUUUCCUCGGUUACAUGUUAUCGCUGAUGCGGGCUCAUAAUUCGGAACACGGUGACUCGCUUCCGGUGUUGGAUGUCGCGGCGUUGAAGCAUGUGGCGUUCGUCUUCGACGCCAUGGUUUAUUAUUUGCGUAUUACAUCUGAUCCCAACAAUCUCAGCGAACUGCGUAAAGUGCGCGGUAAUCAGCCAUGGGGGUUGCCGUUUGAUGAGGACGAGAUCGAUCCGGAAAUGCCAUUACCUCUAGUCUACGAACAGUCAGCGACGAUCCACUUGAAAUCGGCUUCCGAGCGUAACCGUGCAUCAGCAAGUGCCUCUGCGGAAAGUUGUCGUUCGCAUUCGUUUUUCCGCCGCGCCCGGUCCAUGUGCUACCUCGGAAGUGCCCAACCGGAUCCAUUUAAGAAAUCUCUGUCCGAUUCCUUACCGUUGGCCGACCGACCACAGCUAUUGCUGCCUAACGCUCGGCGGGAAGAGCUGUUCGGUGCCAAGUUGGUGGAUUACUCAUCGGAAGUUCCGACGGGGAGCCCAGCUAGCUUCAAGAGCCCCCCGGUGCGGUUGUCGUUGACUAAUCGUCAGGAGGAUGCUCGGCCUUGGUUGGUCGGGGAUGAUUCAGAUGAGGAGUACGGAGAGGAUAAUCCCCAUUCGGAAGAUACCGAAACCGAGACGGGAGCAUCCAGUGCACGGAAACGCGUGUUAAGUGCGUCGAUAACCCAGGAUUUGCUGUUGGGACGAUGGCGACAAACGCUGGAUACGUUCAGCCGUGUGUUCGCUGAAGACUUCAGUGGCGAAUCGGGCUCGUUGAUUGCGGACAUUGCUGCAUUCCCCGUCAAGGAAGCCAAGUUCCGUAAGGAAAUGGAACGCCUAAGGGGCACUCAAGCGAGGGACCUCAUUAUGGAUGUUCAACGAGCACGUGGUGAUUUAAUACCAGAAUCUUUUGCCGCGCUCAAUCAGUUUUUUAAUCGGCGUUCGAAUCCUUCCGCACCGCAACCGUGUGCCAAAAUAAAAGUGACUUUCCGCGAUGAACCGGGAGAAGGAAAUGGUGUGGCCCGAAGUUUCUUUACGGUGUUAGCAGAGGCACUCUUGUCUUCGGAGCGUCUACCCCAGCUGGAUCGCCCAGCGCCUCCGCAUGCACAAGAACGCCGUUGGAUCAGCAGCGAUAGCCGGAUGCGUUUCAUGCGCAGCGACUCGGGCUCUUCAAAUCGGCGAUCCGUAUCUGAAAGCGAAAUGAGCGAACUGAACAUGGCGGAUCUGCGCUCUUCAGCCGGACGCAACAGUUGGCCGGACAUGGCGGCCUCCAUCGGUGCGCGAGCCGCUGCCGCCGCCGCUGGUGGCCGCAGCGGAGAGCGGAAUCUUACGGAAGCGCUGUCGCACACCAUUAGUUCUUUGAGACCGAGCUUCACGGCGGCGACGGUGCAGCGCAUCAGCGCCAUGCUAAUGCAGCUGGACCCGGGUAUGGUGCAGGUGCUGCUGCAGCAUGAUGAGAUGUUGAGCGUGCGCAUCGAUGAGGCGGCGCUUGCCAUCCAGGCGCACCGCUCGGAGUCGCAUUCUCCGAGUGGCUACCUACCCUUUCCCAUUGUCACCGAUAACAGCGGGGCGACGCUGACGGGCAAUCUGAAGACGCACGAGACGCCAGCGAAGGAGGAGGAGAAGGUCGAGGAAAAAUUAAAGGACGAUGAUGAGCCACUGUUUUAUGAACCGGGGCGGCCUGGUUUCUAUGCGCUGCGACCGGGGAAGAGCAGUGUAGCACGACUGUUGGCAUUCAGGAAUGUUGGACGGCUGAUCGGAUUGGCACUGCUGCAAGGAGAGAUUUUCCCUCUAUGCUUGACACGAGCAACCGCCAAAUUUAUCUUGGAUCGGCCGCGAACAUGGAGCGAUUUCGCCUUCCAUGAUCCGGUGAUGUUUGAAACGCUGCGCAAGUUAGUCGUUGAUAUUGAAACGGGAGUGAUCAACGAGGAGGAGGUUGCGGAGCUGUAUUUAUAUUUUGCUGUGGAUCUGCCGUUGGAAGAGGGAGGAAAAGAUCUGGAAUUGAAACCCCAGGGCCGCAACGUGCCCGUGACACGGGAGAAUAUCUACGAGUUUGUUAAAUUAGCGACAGAAAUGAGGAUGGGCAAAAUGGCGGAGAAAGUUCUGGAUGCGUUAAAGCGUGGAGUUCACGACGUGAUACCUGGGGAAACCCUGGAAAUUCUUACCCCGGAAGACUUCCGCUUGCUGCUGAAUGGCGUUGACCGCGCAAUUGACAUCCAGCAGUUGGCGUCGUGGACCAACUGGCAGGACGAGACGAACGAUAAGACACAGGAUAAGACCCGCUUUAAACACUGGUUCUGGAAUACGGUCGAUAAGUUUUCCAAUGAGGAAAAGCAGGAACUGUUGUAUUUCUGGACGGGAAGUUCGGCCAUGCCGGCCAGUGAAGCCGGUUUCGCGCCGCUCCCGUCGGUGACCAUUCGGCCGGCCGAUGAUACACAUCUGCCGACAGCCAACACGUGCAUCUCACGACUUUAUAUUCCGCAUUACUCUUCCAAGAUCAUCAUGCGAGCCAAACUGCUUUUAGCCAUUAAAACCAAGAAUUUUGGGUUUGUGUGAUAGGAAACGCGACUUAGUUGGCAUAAGAUAUUGUUUUGUGCUUUUCAUUUGCAAAUGGUGUGCUUCUCCCUGUUGUCUGCUGGAAAAUGGAUAAAUAGUUUUCUGGCUUUAAUUUCGUAGUGUCAUUGGACUUUUAUGCUGUGUGCAAGUGGUUAUGUUUUUGUUGAUCAUGAAAACCCGAUUAAAUGGCUGGUGAAUGUGAAA